AGAGAUUUUUUCAGGAUGAUACAUGCUUUUGAGUUUUGAGAAGAUGGAGGGCUCUUUACCGGAACUUCUCCCUGUGUCCUUUUUUUUAGAAUCCUCCGUAGGAAAAAACGAUAAUGACUGUACAUUUUGCUGCAAUGCCAUGCGAACCUUACACAGCCCAUAUAGUGCAAGGAAAGCCAUAUUUGUUUGUAAUGUUUGUCCCUGUGCUAACGACAUAGUGUAUGCCAGUAUAGGUUCGAAUAAUGUAGAAGUUUGCUGCACGUGUCCAUGAACGUUGAUAAUGUUUUCAUGCGCUAAGAAUUGUGGGUUAAUGUACCAGUCGCCAUCUUUUUUCCCUACGGAGGAUUCAGAUUCGGCUUGCUAAGAGUAAUCUUUGCUCGUCAGGAAUGUGACCCUGAAUUGAGAGCAGGCGAGCCUCUCCUACAGGAAGUCAUUUUGUGCGGAAGAGAGCUGACACAAGACAAUCUGCUUGACGACAACGAGAAAGAGAAAAUCACACGUGACACGGCGCAGUUGUUGGAACACUAUGACCACUUGAGAAACUUUAUUGACGACGAGCAAGAGAGGUUUGUAAUCUCUGUUAUUAUCUAUAUUCGAUUAUUAUUGCAGUGUAUUGUAAAUUAAAAAAAGUUACUUUUACAUAUAAGAAAUAGAUGCAAAGUUUCUAAUUAUAUUUUUAAAAGUAAAUCAGCCGUGUAAAAAAAGCAAAGAGUACACCUAUCCUAGCUACAGUAGUUUAUCUUAGCAAAUAUCUUUGUAAUGCAAGUGACUUUUAAUGAAAUGAAGUGUAAGUGCUGCCGAAAUAAAAAUUUUAAAAAAUCUAUAUUCGACUAUUUAACAGCAGACUAUUUCUACCUCUUGUUGGCUCAAAAAAGGCCGCGACACAAAGAGGAAGUGACGUCAUUAUUCUUGGUACAUUCUGCUUCCUGCCGGUAAAAUGCUUAGAAUAUAUUCCAGAAUCGGAAUAGCGACUAAUUGGACUGGAUAUUCGGGGAUAUUCUUAUUAUUUUUGUUUUGGAAUAAGAUCAAUCGAGCAUACCUUUUCACAAUACUCAAACUGGUGUGUAGGGAAAAGCACUUAAAAAAAAAUCAAGUGAAGAUUAAUCGUGAGAGGUUUUAUUUCUCCAAAUUACAAAGGUUUUUUUCAGUUCACUGCAAAUAUUCGAGAAGUUCGACCUUAGCCUGAGUCAAAACUAAUGGGCAAAAUGACAUAGAAACAAAAAGUCUCAUUGAAGAGGUGUGAAACUGAAAUCAAAACUGCAUAGCUUUUUAUCAUUAAAUUUUUCCAUAACCUGACGUAUUUCCUGGCCACUGUUAUCUCUUAAGCCUCGAUAAACUCUACAAGGAGAUGGAAAAGCAAAACAAGAUCCGCGACUGGGAGACAAAGCGAGAUGACUUGAACAACAAACUUGACUUGUGCGAGGAAAGGUUGCGUAAUCAAGAACAAGAUCAGAGGCCGGACGACUUUAAAGCCUUCGCCGAGGAGGUUAGUGCUCUUGAGUCGGAGGCAACAAAUGUUAUGGACAGCGGAAAUAAACUUUUACAAAGUGAAAGUCUUAAUAUCAAUCAGAUAGAUCGAUUGUUCAAAGACGUACACGACAUCGAAGACAGAUACGAGGAUCUCAAGAACAGGAUCAAUGACGUAUUGAGGUAAUUUCAUUGGUUUUAGCGCAAAUCUUUUAAUCAUCUAUCAGCUAAAGUGCAAUCAGAUUUAGGUUAGUUCAGUCCCUGAAUUCUCCCUUUCCCGCGCUAUACAGGGGCUGUAUCCAGCUCGAGAAGGGGGGGGGUACUCCCCUAUUUGGAUUAUGUUGGUAUGUGCGGCCCCAAAGGGUAUGGUUUUUAGCCUUAUAGGGUGUCGAUUUUGGCUAUUUGGGUCUCAAAUAGGGAAUGGUUUUUACACUCUAGUCAUGAAUUAUUAUGACUGUUAAAAGAAGCUAUCCCAUCUAAUAAAAGCAAAUAUGCAUUUCCUUUAACACUGGUCUGAACUAGGGAACUAAUUACAAGGCAGGUCUGAAACACGGUAUUGAUUGAAGAGUGAGGUCGUCAGUAGGGUAUCGAAUUUUUGGUCAGGUCAUAAAUAAGGUAGGUAAAAUCGCAGAUUUUGGUCUUAAAGAGCCUAAAGGUUUGGGAAGCGGGCAUCAUAACCCUACCCAAUGUUUCUGGGAGUACGCCCUGGGGAACCCAGGCGGGAGAAGACUGCCUGAUGGGGCACUCGGCUCGAAGACCUUACCUUUCGGUGAUUUUGAAUUUGUAAUCUUUAGAGAGGAAGGGACCGAAAGAACGAUCAAGCUAGAUACGUGGCGCAAGAUUACACAGAAGUCAUCAACUGUAAUUGCUGACAGCCGUUCACAACUUGAUGAGAUUAAAUCUACAGAUCCCUUUACCACGUCUGAAAUACAAGAACAGCUCGAGGAGAUACAGGUGAAAAAAAGUGGCUAAACCAGUUAAGGUUAAUUAAGUUUCUUUAAUCACGAGCGUGUUUAGUCGCUAAACUAAUCGCCCUCUUACUCACGUAUUCAUUUGGCUGCUUAUUUAGGCAGCUAAUUAUUGUAGCUAUUCUAGGCAUUUUUACCUACUCUUUCACUUGCUCACUCGUCCUCUUGUUCACCCAUUUCUUCUAUCACGUGUUGGCUUGCUCACUACUCACUUGCUUUGUCGUUCAGUCCCUGAGCACAUUUUGUUUUGGUUUUAUUAUUAUCAUAUUUUCCUUAUUUUAAUUAAUGAAUUUUUUGUAAUAGUGUGC